AUGCCUCGCUUGAAUGAUGAAUCGGACUAUGAUACAGCGGUGAUGGAGCUUCUACGCAGUUAUCGCAACAUUCCGUAUUAUACCGACCACAUACAGUGGAAUAAGCUUUUCGUGCUGAGUGACCAGCAACGUAGUAAUGUUCUCCGGGAGCUUAAGCGAUUCAUCAAAGUGGGUGUUUAUUUAUCAUUUAAAAAAUGGUGCUAUCGCAUGCUAACGAAGCUCGGCUUUAGCUCGAAGGUAUCUGUAAACGUUCAACGUUAA